GCGGACAGAGAGAGGCCACAGGCAGCGGCCCUCUGCUGGAGGGGGCGCUUAUCCGAACAAAUACACACACAUGUGUGAGCUGCUUGGCCGCACGAUAGCUCCUAUGUGGACAUCAGUUCUUUUAGAAAAGCAUACCACCGCGGCUCUCCAUUUAAAAUGCCUAUCUUACUUUUCUUGUUAGACACGUCCGCCUCUAUGAAUCAGCGCACUUAUUUGGGUACGACAUAUCUGGACGUUGCUAAAGGCGCGGUUGAGGUCUUUAUGAAGCUGCGUGCCCGAGACCCGGCUAGUAGAGGCGACAGGUACAUGCUAGUUACAUUCGAUGAUCCACCAUACGGAGUGAAGGCAGGCUGGAAGGAGAACCAUGCGACCUUCAUGUGCGAGCUGAAGAACCUGCAGGCGUCUGGGCUGACCACACUAGGUCACGCUCUACGCACAGCCUUUGACCUGCUUAACCUCAACCGCCUCGUCUCAGGCAUCGACAACUAUGGACAGGGACGAAACCCUUUCUUCCUCGAGCCAUCUGUGAUCAUCACUAUCACCGAUGGGAACAAGCUUACGCACAGCUCUGGGGUGCCAGAUGAGCUGCACCUGCCUCUGAACUCUCCUCUGGCUGGCAGUGAACUGACCAAAGAGCCCUUUCGGUGGGACCAACGUCUGUUUGCGUUGGUUCUGAGGCUGCCGGGAGCAGCAACACCAGACAACGAGCAGCUCGGUAGCGUCCCCACAGAUGAGUCCUCAAUCACCCAGAUGUGUGAAGUUACUGGAGGGCGAUCAUACUGUGUACGGACACAGAGGAUGUUGAACCAGUGUCUGGAAUCUCUGGUCCAAAAGGUCCAAAGUGGAGUUGUCAUUAAUUUUGAGAAGACGGGGCCAGAUCCCAUUGGGGAAGAUAUCUCUGUGGACUCAAGUCGUCCUGUGUCGUCUUUCAGUCCUCAGCUGUGGCACAGUUGCCACAAACUCAUAUACGUGCGGCCGAACCCAAAGACAGGCGUGCCAGUUGGGCAUUGGCCCAUUCCAGAGUCCUUCUGGCCAGACCAGAAUUCUCCCACGCUUCCUCCUCGCUCUGCCCACCCCAUGGUGCGUUUCUCAUGUGUGGACUGUGAGCCCAUGGUGAUUGACAAACUUCCGUUUGACAAGUAUGAACUGGAGCCCUCUCCACUCACCCAGUACGUUCUGGAACGUAAAUCUCCACACAUGUGCUGGCAGGUGUUUGUGAACAGCAGUGGGAAGCCGAAUGACCUGGGACAGCCGUUUGGCUACCUUAAAGCCAGCACCACUCUUACCUGUGUCAACCUGUUCGUCAUGCCUUACAACUUCCCAGUCCUUCUCCCACUUCUCGAUGAUUUGUUUAAAGUGCACAAACUAAAACCAAACCUCAAGUGGCGUCAGGCCUUAGAGAUUUACCUGAAGACGAUGCCUCCAUACUAUGUCAUGCCCUUAAAAAAGGCGUUGAGGAUGAUGGGUGCACCUAAUCUGAUAGCAGACACGAUGGACUGCGGCCUGAGUUACAGUGUCAUCUCUUAUCUGAAGAAGCUCAGUCAGCAGGCAAAGAUUGAGUCAGACCGUUUAAUCGUGUCCGUGGGGAAGAAAGCUCCUCAAGAAACUGGUAUCAAGGUGAAGAACCACUCCAGCUCUCUAUCGCUAGCCCACCGACGAGACUUCAAGCAGCUGCUGCAGGGAAUCACUGGGGAGGGGCCUAUUCGACUCGCGGACAUCAACUUCAAAGAGUUUGCUGGCUUCCAGAUCGCUCUGCCCAACAAGGAUUUAAAACCUCAGGCUUAUCGAAAUGCCUUCGACAUCCCCAGACGGAACCUUUUAGACCAGGUCACCCGAAUGCGCUCUAAUUUGCUGCGGUCAUCACAGAAACUGAUCCGAGGGCAAGACGAAGACUAUCUGCACAGUAUUCCAGUGGCUCAGAUGGGAAACUAUCAGGAGUACCUAAAAAUGAUGCCGUCUCCUCUGAGAGAGAUUGACCCGGACCAACCGAAACGUCUACACACAUUUGGGAAUCCUUUCAAACAGGAUAAGAAGGGCAUGAUGAUCGAUGAGGCAGAUGAGUUUGUCGCAGGCCCUCAAAGUAAGAAAAGAGGAAAUUCCAAUGAUUCCAACUCGAGUGCUACUGUGAAGAGAAGGCGAAGUAUGUCCCCAUUGCUGCGGCGGCCACAGACUCCACCAGUAAACACCAACCAUGUGUUGGUGGGAAAGACUCAGGUGGCGGUUCAAGAGCAGCAGAAUCUCAUCAAACCCAUCCCACAGCACAAGGGAGUGGAUGUCAACAACUUGGUGGUCCCUGAGAGUAAUGGCGAUGGAGGCCUUGGGCCAGAGUCGGGGGAGAUCUGGCCCGCUGAGUUGGACCCUGUAGUAGAAAACUCACCUGCACUGAUCCUUGAGGAGAAGUCCAGGAUGGUAGCAGCUGAUCAGGAAGAGGACAUCGACUCGAAGGAGGAGAGACUGGUGGAGGAGAGACUGGUGGAGGAGAGACUGGUGGAGGAGAGACUGGUGGAGGAGAGACUGGUGGAGGAGACACUAGUGAAGGAGACACUAGUGAAGGAGACACUAGUGGAGGAGACACUAGUGGAGGAUUGUCUAGAUGAGCAGCCCCUGGAGGAUAAACACAACUGUGAACAGCUGAGUCCGCAGAGCGAGCUCGACGACUCUGACGAUGACCCGGCAAUGCUGGAGACCAUUUUCAUAGCACCACUAGACGGAAGCCAAGCAGAGCUGCGGACGCGGGUCAUAAAGGAAGUCCGCAAGCCUGGACGAAACUACGAUGCAAUAGAGUCCCUCCUGCAGCAGGUGAAAGGCCCUUUUAAUGUUCAGAGAUACUUCAUCCAACAUGCCAUCAAAGAGGCCAUCAGGUUCAAGAAGCGGGUUCUGAUCCAGCAGCUGGAGUUGAUCCUUGCUGAGUUGGAGGAGAAGCAUGCGGCGUCUUUGCUGCUUUCCAACGACAAUGGCAGAUAGUGAUGAAGCCAUCUCUGGUUUUGUUACUGAAGUAUGUUUUGUUCACGGUUGAAUAUCACCACCAUCGAAGAGACGUCCUCAUUGACUUGCCUCAAAAAGACUGAGAAGCUGGGGGCGUAAAAAGGACAAAUGCACUGAGAGCCGACACUCCUACUGUCCCUGUGCUGUUACAUCACAUCCUGUUACAGGCGGAAGGUCUGGGGUUUAGCUGGAGAAGGGGCCUCCAGCACAGAUCCACUGAGGAUGACUAAAGAGACUUUAAAUAUAAUCCUCUUUAUAUUGACAGAUGCCUUAAACAUCCAUACGGCUUUUGUCUGUAUCAGCACAUUGUUCAGAUACACACACACACACACACACACACACACACACACACUCCGUUAGACAGACACAGUAAGCCCACAGAUCGUUCAUUUGCAGAGCGUGGACAGGACAGAUCAUUUCUGUUAUUGUUAUUUCUAUUUUUUAAAACACCUUUCUUCAGCUGGUCUGAAAAGUGUUUGUAAGACUGCGACCAGUUUUUCUAGAGUAAUUAAUAGCAUGUAGCUGUAUGAACGACAGGAGGAAUCUGAUCCAAUUGGGUCCGCCUCGUGUUUUUAGUGUUAAUAUCUGGUGUUGAUACUGGUACUGAACAUCUUCACUGGGAGAAUAAUCAUUUGAUGAUCUUGACAUGCAUUAAUAUUAAGGGUGGGCAAUAUGGAUCCAAGAAUGAUGAUGUGAUUUUAAGUUGCAUUAGCAAUAUAUACUGAAGUAUAUCAUCACUUUACUGAAACUUUUAUUGAUAACCUCAAAAUUUCCCAUUAUGCCUUGAAAUGGCUAAAAUGUAACACUAAUAUGGCCCUGCCCCCGCUUCCUGUCUCCCCACCCUCACAGCGCCACCUGCAGUUAAGGAGCCGUUUCCAGAUACAUAGCCCCACCCACAAGUUGACAGGAUUGGUGUCAAUAGGUUUGUUACUUUACAAUCCCCUAGUUUCUUCCGAUUGGCAUUUGUUUACUGCAGUGUUGAGGAAAUACUGCGAAAUUCUUCUUCUUACAUCAAAGGCACAAGAAGGACCUUUUAACAUGUUUAAAAACAUGAAUUUUAGUGGAGGGGGACUUCCAACGAUAAAAUACUCCAACGGAAUGUGUAUUUUAGGUCAAUCUAGUCAGUGAAACGACAGAAGCACACUCCUUCAAAAACGUUUCGGCGCACUCAUUACCAAUACACAACAAAACAGCAUAACAUGGGACAACAAGCAUUAAUUGGAUUACAUACUACAACAGAACAAGAGUAGCAUGCACCAGCUGCAAGACAAACAGGCAAAGCACAAACAGCAGCAGCCGUAGAACAACAAUACGAUAGUAUACCUUGGACACAGCAUCAGACAGACGAGGAGGGUAUGUUAAUCCUAGUGAGUCAAAAAGCAGCUGUCAAUAAAAAUGUCUUACUAUUAACAGAAUAAGAUGAUACAAAAAUACACAUUCCAUACUAAAAUAUGAAGCAGGUGAUAUAAUUUAACUUUGUUCGGAAUCUUGUGCUUACUUAGUUACUAACUUAUUUGUAAAAGAUAAUUUACUACAAAGUCAUAUGGAUCUGUAUCGACUUCAGAUGGUCGAUAUAGUGGUUUCACCGGGGUGAAUAGAAUUCAGCUAAUCAAAUUUUAUUUUCAUCUUGGAAUGUACAAACGAUUAUCAUCAGCAGAAAUAAUUUGCUGCACAUACAGGAACUUGUUCCCAUGAGAUAUUUUUCAUUUGUUAUUGUAAUGUGCGCAAGAUAAAAAGUAUCACCUGUCGGGACUUUGGGGCCUCCAUACUAAAGAGAUAGUUACAUCUAUAAAUGAUAGAGCUAAAUGUUGAAUGGUAGUUACAUUUCUCUCAUCUCAUAGGCCAUAUUGCCCACUCUAGUGUCAACAAGGUGAAACUUCAAACAUUUCUCUCUUGAGAUAUUUAGUCUCUAAAUGUCCAAACUGGGUCCAAUAUGUUACUAAAAGUCAGUUGUACUGACUCACUCCUGAAAACAAGCGUCAUACAAUAGUUUAGAAUCUAGAAGUAUCAGUUGUUGUUUGUUUUUUUACACAUUAGUGAGUUGUACUGAGAACGGACCAAACACAAGACUGAUUUACUGAUUGAGCAUUGGUGUUGUCCUACCUGCCAUUACAGCAACACAACAUUGGUUCAGUGAAUGCAGCUGUUGGUAUCCAUUUAGAGGUGGUACCAUCCCCACACACACACACACACACACACACACACACACACACACACACACACACACACACACACACACACACACACACACACAGCUCAGCACAACAAACACUCCAUUGAUUCCCAGAAUUACAACUUUAGUCAGAGGAAUCUGUGCAUGUGUGCUCAGUGGACGAUCAUCUGUUGUUGAACAGCUGGUUAUCUGCUCUCUGCUGCUUUUCACACAAACCACAGUCAGCACUCCUCCUUGGUUCUCCUCAUUUUUACCACAGUUGUACAGUACUUUUUAAUGUUCAUAAGGAAUAUAGAUUAUUUUUGUGAAUUUGUUUAUUUCAGAGUAUAUUAACUAUUUUGAAAGGAAAUGUUUAAAAGCCAAUUUUGUAAACUGUUAAAUGCAUAUACAAAAGUGUAAAGUUUUAUGAACAUGCUCCAUUUUUUUAAGAAAACAAAAUAAACCAUAAGUAGAAUGGUUUUUACUGUCA